AUGGCGAAUCCUCCGAAGGCAUGGAAGGCGGAGUACGCCAAGUCGGCUCGUUCUUCCUGCAAGACCUGCAAAAGUGUCAUCGAUAAAGAGAUACUCAGGCUCGGCAAAAUGGUCCAGGCCAAACAAUUCGACGGUUUCAUGCCUAUGUGGAACCAUGCCAGUUGCGUAUUGAAGAAGGCAAAUCAGAUAAAAACCGUUGAUGAUGUUGAAGGUAUAGAAUCGCUUCGAUGGGAAGAUCAGCAGAAGGUUAGAAAAUAUGUUGAGGGUGGUGGAUCUGGUAGUGUUGGUGAUGGUGGUGGUAGUGGUAGUGGUACUUCAAGUGCAAAGGCUGCCAAAGCUAUAGAAUAUGGUAUUGAACUUUCACAAACUUCACGUGCUACUUGCAAGCAUUGCAGCCAAAAGAUUAUGAAAGGAGAGGUUCGUAUUUCCUCCAAGCCUGAUGGACAAGGAGCUAGAGGAAUGGCGUGGCAUCAUGCCAAUUGUUUCAUGCAUUUGUACCCAUCAAUCCAAGUAGAGAAGUUGUCAGGAUGGGAAAGUCUUCCAGCUUCUGAUCAGGCGGUGGUUUGUUCUCUGGUUAAGAAGGUUCCUUCUACUGCAAAGACUGGCAUAAAAAAUAAGGCAAAAGAGGAUGAAGAACUUCAACAAUCAUCUGCCAAAGCUGGAGCAAAACGUAGAAAAGAUACAGGUUUUGAUCAGAAGUCAAAAGUUGCUAGAACUGAAGGAGAUAUAUCAACUAGCAGGCCUGCAUCUGCAAGUAAUGAUAGUGAAUUGGAUAGAAAGCUCGAGUCCCAAUCCAAAGAAUUGUGGGCCCUAAAGGAUGACCUUAAAAAGCACGUGACAACAGCAGAGUUGCGUGCAAUGCUUGAAUUGAAUGGCCAGAUUUCUACUGGAUCAGAACUUGAUUUGCGAGACCAUUGUGCUGAUGGGAUGAUUUUUGGAGUGCUUGGUUGCUGCCCACUGUGUUCUGGUUCUCUUCGUUAUUCUGGAGGCAUGUAUCGGUGCGAUGGGUACCUGUCGGAAUGGAGCAAAUGUUCAUAUUCAACUUGUGAACCAACACGUCUUAAAGGAAAGUGGAAAAUUCCUGAAGAAACAGAUAAUCAAUACCUUAUCGAGUGGUUUAAAUCACAAAAGAGUAAGAAACCAAUUAGGAUACUUCCGCCACCUUCAUCUAACAACCUUUCUGGAAGUCAAGUUACUAGCAGCCAGUCUCAGUCUUCAAAGAGUGAAAGUCUGGGGGAUUUAAAAGUUGCUAUUUCUGGGUUACCAAAGGAAUCCCUGAAAGAAUGGAAGGGCAAAAUUGAGGCAGCAGGUGGGCAGUUUCACACCAAGAUCAAGAAAGAUACAAACUGCUUCGUUGUGAGUGGUGAAUUGUCUUCUGAAGAUGCUGAGAUGAGGAAAGCAAGGAGGAUGAAAUUACCAAUAGUCAGGGAGGAUUACCUGGUUGACUGUUUUAAAAGGCAGAAGAAGCUUCAAUUUGACUCUUACAAAGUUGAAGCUUUGGGUGAGGGCUCUAGUAUGGUCACUGUCAAGGUGAAAGGGCAUAGUGCUGUGCAUGAAGCUUCUGGUAUGCAGGAAACUGGACACAUCCUUGAGGAUGGAAAAAGCAUCUACAACACCACUUUGAACAUGUCUGACUUAUCAACUGGUGUUAACAGCUACUACAUCCUUCAGAUAAUACAAGAUGACAAAGGGUUAGAGUGUUAUGUGUUCCGUAAAUGGGGCCGAGUCGGAAAUGAGAAAAUUGGAGGAAUGAAACUGGAUGAGAUGUUGAAAUCAGAUGCCAUCUGUGAAUUUAAGCGUUUAUUCCUGGAGAAGACUGGUAACCCGUGGGAAGCGUGGGAACAGAAAAAGAAUUUUCAGAAGAAACCUGGCAAAUUCUUCCCAUUGGAUAUUGAUUAUGGAGUAAACAAACAGGUGACAAAGAAAGCUAGGAGUGAUGCAGACAGCAAACUAGCUCCUCCUCUGGUGGAAUUGAUGAAGAUGCUCUUCAAUGUUGAAACAUACAGAGCUGCAAUGAUGGAGUUUGAGAUUAAUAUGUCAGAAAUGCCUCUUGGAAAACUGAGCAAAAAUAAUAUCCAAAAAGGUUUUGAGGCAUUGACAGAUAUCCAGAAUUUAUUAAAUAGCAGUGCUCAUGCUCCUUCUAUCAAAGAAAGCUUGAUUGUUGAUGCCAGCAAUAGAUUUUUCACUGUGAUCCCUUCUAUGCAUCCACAUGUUAUUAGAGAUGAAUAUGAUUUUAAGUCAAAGGUGAAAAUGUUAGAAGCUCUUCAGGAUAUUGAGAUAGCUUCAAGAUUAGUUGGCUUUGAUGAGGAUGGUGAUGAUUCACUUGACGAUAAGUACAUGAAGCUCCAAUGUGAUAUAUCUCCCCUUCCUCAUGAUAGUGAGGACUACCAGUUGAUUGAGAAGUAUCUCCUCACUACUCAUGCACCAACUCAUACGGAUUGGAGUCUUCAACUGGAAGAAGUAUUUUCACUGGAGAGGAAAGGCGAAUUUGAUAGGUUUGCCCCCCAUAGAGAAAAGCUCAAGAACAGAAUGCUGCUUUGGCACGGUUCUCGGUUGACGAACUUUGUGGGCAUACUUAGCCAAGGGCUCAGAAUAGCUCCUCCUGAAGCUCCAACAACUGGCUAUAUGUUUGGUAAAGGGGUUUACUUUGCAGACCUGGUCAGUAAGAGCGCUCAGUAUUGCUUUACCGAUAAGAAAAAUCCAGUGGGACUAAUGCUUCUCAGUGAAGUUGCUCUAGGGGAGGUCUAUGAGCUGAAGAAGUCGACGUAUAUGGAAAAACCACCUGAGGGAAAGCACUCUACAAAAGGACUUGGCAAGAAAGUACCUCAGGAGUCAGAAUUUGCAAAGUGGAGGAAUGAUGUCAUUGUACCUUGUGGCAAACCAGUGGAUUCAAAAGUCAAGGCCUCUGAGCUGAUGUACAAUGAGUACAUUGUUUAUAAUACGGCUCAAGUUAAAAUGCAGUUCUUGUUGAAGGUGAGGUUUCAUCACAAGAGAAGAUGA